AUGGUGGUUGGUAAAGCGAUCGUUGCGCGGGAACCUACGCCUAGUUCAACCAUAAAUUGGUCACUGGAGGAAGUCGAAGUCAGUUCGCCAGGUGAUGACGAGGUUCUUGUGCAAAUAUGUGCGUCUGGCAUAUGCCACACCGAUAUACUUUUGACUUCCGUGCCCAGCGGGAGCUUUGGUGUCGCCUAUCCAAAGGUAGCCGGACAUGAAGGCGCGGGAAUUGUACGCAGCGUCGGCAGAAAUGUCUCUGACAUUGAGGUUGGAGACCCGGUGCUCUUGUCCUUCUAUUCUUGUUCCUCGUGCUCAGAGUGCAAAAACUUGCAUCCUGCAUACUGCAAAGAUUUCGCGGUUGAAAACUAUGUCGGCCAACAGCAGUUUACCUCUGCUCAUGACAGCAAUGAGUUACUAUGGUCCAGUUUUUUUGGUCAGUCUAGUUUCGCCCACCACACUAUUGCGAAACGUUCCAGCAUCGUGCAAGUCAAAGGACUGUUACAGCAUGAUGACGAGCUACAAACUUUUGCGCCACUUGGAUGUGGACUACAGACUGGCAUGGGUGCCAUCCAGAACAUAACCAACGCUGGACCAGAUGACAUUGUCAUGAUACUGGGCUUAGGUGCAGUGGGAAUGGGGGCUCUCAUGACCGCUAAGAUCCAGGAAUGUAACGCGAUAAUCGCUGUUGAUCGAGACAUGGCCCGUCUGGACCUAGCCAAAACACUGGGAGCCACACACGUCCUGAAUACUAGCGAUCCCAAAUUCACGACUCUUGAUCAAGCAGUUAGAUCCAUAUUCCCUGACGGGGUUUCAAUAGUGAUCGAAACUACAGGAGUGCCAGUUCUGAUCGAGAAAGGGCUUCAAUCAACACAUACGCGAGGCAAGAUGGUUCUAAUCGGAGUGCCCCAGUUAGGAUAUAGCCUGAGCGUUCCUGUGACAGAGCACAUAAAUAGCGGUCGCGCGAUACUGGGAUGCAUUGAAGGAGAUUCCGUCCCCCAGAUUGCAAUCCCACAAAUGAUACAAUGGUACCGUCAAGGUCGGUUCCCUUUCGACAAACUUAUCCAGUACUUCAAUGCUACCGAUUUCCAGAAGGCAUUGGAAGCCUUGAAAGCGGGAACCGUCAUUAAGCCAGUUUUGGUAUGGGCCAGCGAUUGA